AUGGAUAAACUACAUGAUGAUGGUUCAAGUGAUUUUAUUCGUUCAUGUUAUGGGACUUCUGUUUUGCCCACUAAAUAUCUUGCAUUAGAUGAUUCAAAUAUACAUAUUCUAGUAUUUGAUUUAUCACCAGUUACUGUUGAUUGUUCAGUUGUUUAUGAAGAUCAAACUCAAGGUCAAGUUAUUCGUGCAUAUACCAUUGAUGUAUAUUUAGCUAAUGCAACAGAUUCUAAUCAAUGGAUGACAGUUGCACGAGGUACAAGUUUUGGAAAUAAGAAAAUUGAUAUAUGGCAGGCAGGACCAAUUUUAGUCAAUGUUGUUAGGUUAAAUAUAACAAAAUCAAUUGAUACACCUAUUAUUAAAGCAUUUACUGUUUAUUUAGGCGGAUAA